UCCGGCACGGCAGACCACCACCAGCACCAACAGCACCACCAGCACCACCAGCACCAGGCCAUGGCCGGCCGCGCCAUGGACCUCGAGAUGAGUUCAAAGUCACAAAGGCGCAAGUCGCCGCUGCCGCGCGGGUACCCGCCGCUGCCGUCGGCCAUGCUGUUCGACGACGACCCGGGCAUCAUGUCGGAGGUGGAGACCAGCUCGACGGGGUUCCGACGAGGCGGCAAGCAGCGCUCCAGCUUGCCCGUGGUUCGCACCCCGUCCAAGACCCUGGAGCGCCCACUAGGGCUGGUGUUCCUCCAGUACCGGAGCGAGACCAAGCGCGCGCUGCUGCCCAACGAGAUCACGUCGCUGGACACGGUGAAGGCGCUGUUUGUACGCUCCUUUCCCAAACAGCUCACCAUGGAGUACCUCGACUCGCCCAUGGUCAAGAUCUACAUUCACGACUCCUCCAAGGACAUGUUCUACGAGCUCGAGGACCUCAGGUCCCACCUGCGCGAGAUCCGCGACCGGUCGGUGCUGCGGCUGUUCGAGGCGGCCGACGUGAACGGGGGCGUGCUGCCCGGUGCGGGGGUGGGCCUGGCCCCGCCCCCGCCGCCCUCCGCCUGGGACCAGGACCAGUCCUACUUCAGCGAGCCCGAGUUCGACUCCGACUACCACCACCAGCACAUCCACAAGAGCAAGGUAAGCGUGAUCAAGUUUACAUUUUCGUGACGUGCCCUUUGUGGUAAGUAAGGCAUACUGCAUUAACUUCAGUGUCAAGUUCUUUAUGUUUAUUAGAAUGAGCAUACGCGUACUGAAAAAGCGAA